AGGCUAUAGUGACCUAACGGACGCACAGUCAGAAACCAGACCUGUUACCGAUAACACUUAUUUAUAUAUUUUAAAAUAAUAUAUUAUUUAAUUAUUUAUAGAAAGAUGAAAGUGUUGGUGUGUUUUGUUUUGAGUUACAUCGCCUGCGCGUACGCCGGCUCGUUGCCGUCCUUCAUCACACCAUGCUCAAGAUCUGAUCCUAAUCUAAACGAAUGCGUGGAGAAAGUCAUAUCGGCGGCUGGAGCGAAGUUCACAGAGGGCAUCCCAGAGCUGGGCAUCGCUCCCCUGGACCCUGUGGAGUUGGGCACCGUGGUGGUGAACAACCCAGCCUUGAAGAUCACGUUCACUGAUACCGUCGUCACCGGUUUGAAAGGAUUCAGAGUCAACACUUACAAGAUCAACCCAGAAAAGGGAAAGGCUACCCUGGACUUCACCGCCAACGUAACAUUGAAGGCUCACUACGAUAUGAACGGGCAAGUGCUCAUCCUACCCAUCAGGGGUAACGGACAGUCCAAGAUCAAAAUUACGAACCUCAACAUCGUCGUGAAGUAUGACUUCGAAGAAAAGGAUGGACAUUGGAUAGUGCCCUCGUACAAGGACCACUACAAGAUGGACAGAGCUCAGUUCAAGUUCACCAACCUGUUCGGGGGUAACAAAGAGCUUGCACAAACAACAGAAAGAUUUACAAACGAAAACUGGGAAAUUAUAAUGAGUGAGAUUGCACCGCCCGCCCUCAAUCAGAUUAUCAAAAAAUGCGUCGAUCAAGUGCAGAAGUUCUUCGCCGCAAUCCCCGCUCGAGAAUUACUGCCCUGAAUGGUGACACAAUCCACCAAGUAAUAAAUAUAAAUUGGGAGCCAGUGAUGCGGGACAUCGGCCCGGCCGCCUUCCAACAGAUCAUCAAAGCGUGCGUCGACGAAGCGAAGAAGCUGUUCGCAGCAGUUCCACUCAACCAACUGCUUCUACCGUGAACUUCCAUAACAUAUUCACAUAAGUAAAUACCACCUUAAAACUGCUCAAAUAAAAUACAAUUCGUUUUAGAAUUAUCCGCAACCACAAUCGCGCGAAACGCUGUUUGGUAAAACAGGGUGAAUGGGAAUCGAGAGGUGAAUAGACAAGAGGGAUGAAUAUCUACCUACCUAGAUAUUGGAAAAUUCUACUUGUAUUUAUUCAUUUCUUUGCAACAAAACAGGGUGACAAACUGUUUCUCACCCCGUUUUUAAGUUUACCAGUGACGGAUUUGUGUAAAAUCAUGACAACAUUUUUACCAUCUUAAAGAGAAAGAAAGCAACUGUACCGAAUCAGCGUUUUUGCUCUAUUUUUGUUCGUCGAGGCACGUAAUUCGUAAUUCCGCACAUAACAAUUUCUUUACAAGACUGUGUUUGAUCAUUUUGUUUGUGGGCGUACCUACCUAUAAGUUGGUUUAAUAGUAAUAAUUGUGAUAAUUAGUCUAAGUUAGUUCUAUUGGUACUAGAUUUAAUUUAUUCAACAAUAAAAUGGAAAGUGUGAACUGA